UGUCCAACUAUCAAGAUUUUGUUCAGACACAUGGCCACAGCUCUGCAGGUCCCUUCUUACUUCUGCUUCCACAGGAAGAAGAAUGAUAGGAAAUUGAACUCACUCAUCAGCAAUUCUUCCAUCUCCCCUUCCAGUUCCAAGUCUAAUUACAGUACAAGUUUUAGACUCAGAGCUGUAAAGGAGAAAACAGAGGAAAUCAAGUCUUCUGCACCAUCCUCAGCUGAAGAUGUUACCAAGAAGUAUGGCCUUGAAGUUGGGCUCUGGAAGAUAUUCAGCUCAAAAGAGAAAGGAGAUGAAGGAAAUGAGGAAAAGAAAUCAAAAGGGGACCAAGCAAAGGAACUCUUGGCAAAGUAUGGAGGAGCAUACUUGGCCACCUCUAUUACCCUCUCUUUAAUCUCCUUUGCCCUUUGUUAUGCUCUCAUUAGCGCUGGUGUUGAUGUUCCAGCUUUGCUGCAGAAGGUAGGAAUUUCCACCAACGAGGCUGGGGAAAAAGUUGGGACUUUUGCUUUGGCCUAUGCUGCUCAUAAGGCUGCAUCUCCCAUCAGAUUUCCUCCUACUGUUGCCCUUACUCCAAUCGUUGCAAGCUGGAUUGGCAAGAAAGUUGAUAAAGAAAACUGACCUGGCUGAUUAGUGAUGCUGGGCAAUUUUUUGUUACCAACAUAUGUAGUAUUUCUUUGGCAGCAAUAUAACUAUUUGACAGAGUUUUUGACCGCUUUUAAAUACGCAAGAAUUCUUGUAAA